GGUGAACUCGGCGCCUUAACAGGUAAAUUCACGGUUUCGUUAUUUUCUCUCAUCAAGGUCAUUUUCGCUUGGUAAAUUAAUGAAACUGCACUUUUUAACCCAUCAAAAAAUGACGGAAUCAAGAGAAUUUGACAAAUCUGAGUACACAAAAGUGCCACUCAAGGAAAUCAACAAGUCUCACAUCUUACAAAAGAUACACUCGUUCGGAUGGGUGUACAACAGGCGCAAUGCAGGACAGGCAGGCUGUUUCAUCAACAUGUUCGCACAAUACAAGAUACUGAAAUGUUUGUAUCCGCACAAAAUUGAUGCUGAUAACCUUACGAGAUGGACAUCCAUGGAUUUCUAUGGCACUGUCAAGGAAAAUUUUACCAAGGACGGUGCUGAGGUUGAGUUCCACAUCGAUCACUAUGAUGUAAGGAAAAUUGCGCCAUCUUUUCCUGUCAAUAAGGACACGCAGGCAUUUUCUUUGCUGGAAAAUGGGCAUUUGGCACUGAGGACACCCGAGCGCAUAUUUUUUUUGAAGGCGCGUUCGUACAUGUUGCGGUGUUUCAGGGAAUUUUUUUAUGAAAGGGAAUUCACGGAAAUAACGCCGCCGACCCUCGUGCAAACACAGGUAGAGGGUGGUAGCACGCUGUUUAAGCUUGAUUACUUUGGAAAGAAGGCGUUUUUAACACAGUCAUCCCAGCUUUAUCUUGAAACCGUAGUGCCUGUUGCUAUGAAGGCAUAUUGCAUGGUGUACAGCUACAGGGCUGAAAAGAGCAACACAACACGGCAUUUGACAGAGUAUACGCAUGUGGAGGCUGAGUUGGCAGAUAUUUGCUUUGAUGACCUGCUUAGCGUUAUCGAGGACAUGGUGUACACGGUGGUAACUGGUUUCUACGAAAAAAUGAGGGAGGAUAUUUUGGAGCUGUGUCCCGAUUACGAAUUUUUUGAGUUCAAACGCCCUUUUAAACGUAUAAGCUACAAAGAUGCGAUCAAAUACUUCAACGACGCGGGGUACAAGAAAGAUAACGGCCUUGAAUUUGUUUUAGGUGAUGACAUACCCGAUGCAGCAGAGGUAUUUCUCGUAAAGUCAUAUGCCGACAACACUCCGCUUUUCCUGACCAACUUUGAAACAGCAGCCAAACCAUUCUACAUGAAAACUACGGAUGAUCCGAAGUACACUGAAAGCGCUGACUUGUUGUUCCCGAAUAUUGGAGAAAUACUUGGUGGAUCAAUGAGGAAGGAGGAGUACCAGGAGUUGAUUGAUGGCUUUGAGCGCGAGGGUAUUGAUUCUAAGCCGUACUAUUGGUACACAGACAUGGCGAGAUUUGGUCCGUGCACGCACGGUGGUUUCGGGCUUGGAUUUGAAAGGUUGCUGGUCGGAUUGAUGAGAUGGAAGAAUGUUGCUAAGGGGUGUUUGUAUCCCCGCUUUGUUACGCGGUGCCAUCCAUAGGUCUGUGUUGAAUUGAGUAAACAUUUUUAUGGCCACA